AUGAAACCAUACACAGAUGCCACUCUGAAAGAAAAGCAGAGAAACUUCAACAACAGGCUCAGCCGAGCACACAUGGUUAUUGCACAUGGGCAAUUGAAAGGCAGAUGGCACGUUCUACGAAAAUGUGAAAGCAGCGCUGCCCAAACUAAAUUAGUAACACUUGCUUGCGUUGUGUUGCAUAAUAUCUGCAUUGCACAUGUGGAUGCCAUAUCCAAGAAAUGCGAUCUGUCAAUUGACCCUGUAACGAAUGAAAAGCGGGACAGGGAAACUGUGCGUGCACUUCUUGGAAUGAGAUCAUGCAGGAAGCUAAAGGAUACCUCCGACUAG